AUGGAAUUGGCCUUCCAGAGCCCCUCGGCGGCAGUGGCCGCAGCGCUGGCCAACGGCGAGGCCAGCCAGCUUCUGCGAUACCUCAUCGCAAGUGGCUACAGCAGCCAGCAGGCGCUGCAGCUGAUGGCCCAGGCAGACAACGCUUCCCUGCAAGAAGCAGGCGCCCAGCUGUCCUCGAGCCUUCGCCUGGGCUUCCUUCACCCGCCUUUGUCCGUGGAGUGGCUCACGCCAGGCCGCGGACCUGCGGUUUUGCUGGAGGAGGCGCAGCAGGUUUCGGUGCUCGAGUCGUUGGCCGCAGCUCUUGAGGUGGCGCCGGCCAAGGUGAUCCUUUGGCCAGCCAGCGGCGCGGUCUCCAGCUCCAGUGCUACCUCCACGACUGCUCGGCGUUUGGCCGAAGAGUCCGUGGCAACCUGUUCCUUCAACUUGGUGAUUGACGAUGCGUCCGCACGGGUGCUGGAUCUCACCACAGGGACGGAGCCAUACCGCGUUUUCCUGGCUCGCCUCAGUGAGGCGCUGGCAGUCGCGCAGCUGCCCAUGCCCAGCUGCUUUCGAGAUCCCAAGAUGGGAGUCGAGAAUGUGAAGGUGGAGGACAGUUUCGAGCUUGCAGAGUCCGUGUGGGUAGCCAAGUCUGAUUGGAGUGAGUGCCCCGCCAAGUGCGGCAAAGCAUGGCAGUCUCGCAGCGUCGCCUGCAGCACCGGCAACGAGUUCGCGUGCAACGCCUCAGGUGCCAAGCUGGCGACUGAGCAGUCCUGCGAGAAAUACGUGGACUGCAAAUGGGAGUGGACCUGUCCCUUCAGCCGCUCUGCAUCGGUGACCUGCGGCGUGCAGCUCCUGCUGACAGGAGUCGCGGGCUUCGCAGCUCUCCUCCUGCUGUGGUGCUGUUUGCACAUGCUGCGUCAAUGCUGCAAAUGGGCGCCGAAGAUGGGGGAAAUGGCGCUCAUGACCAAAAGCGGCGAGCAGAUGAAGGUGAACUUCUACAUCGUGGGCGCGCAGUCGCGGCAAGGGCAAGGCACUGAGGUGGACAAAGAGGCCACCAUGCUGGACUCCGUGUGGGGACCAGAGAAGACGGGAGAGAAGUGCCACGUCGUAUGGGAUGUCGAUCCGGAACAAGCGGCGCAGCUGGAGUUCACCAAAGCCACGAUGCAGCGCCUGGGAGGACCCGUCAACGAGCAGCAGCAGCAGGUGCUCGAGCGCUUGCCGGAGGUCCUCGGCAAGCCAGCGCAGGCUGUGUACAACACCCGGAGCAUGCUCAGAGAGCAACGCCAGGAGGCCAACCAGCAGAUGGAGCUGCAAAGGAUGGCGAGCAUGGCACAUCAGGCAAUGAGCACCAACCGCUCUGGCGCAAUCCCGCCGGUGCAAGAGGACGUAGGCCCGGAGCUGGCCUUUCACACGGGCGACCGCGUGGAGUACUUUUCCACCAGCCAUUGCAGGUGGACUGGCGCGCUGGUGGACGACGCUACGAAUAGCAGCUUCAUCAUCCAGCUCACGCCUCACUACCAGCCCAACGACAAGAACCAGAAGCGGCUGGACGUGCAGAUUGAGCACCUGCGGCGGCCGCUGUGGGAGGGAGAGCUGGUCAGCGUCUACGUGGCGUCACUCAAGACUUGGGAGCGCGGCGUCAUCUAUGGGAAGCAGCAUGCGAGCGUCACGGUGGUGGGGUACAAGGUCCAAAUCCUGGGUGCCAGAGCGAGGAUUCUGAACAGCGUACCUGCUCACUUCGUGUGGCGCAGAUUUGAGACUGAUAUGGCGGUGGAAGUGUAUGACCUCGACCUGGGUUGGCGCAGUGGCAAGGUGCUCUGGGACGCCGAGAUGAACGAGCUGGCACAGGAAGAAAUCAAGUGGUUUGAUGUCAUGGUGGUCUUCGACGAGGGGGACAUGGAGGAGGUUUCUGCAAGCCGCGUGCGGCGAGCAGCAGUGAAGUUCUGA